AAACCAAAUAAACAAAUUUGAAAGUAUCAAGUCAUUGAUGCAUCGUGAAGUCAACACAUCUUGAAUGAAACACAAACUUCAUUUCUGAAACAUCAAAAUUCUCGUGUAACUAAAAAUCUUAAACCAACCACCCAGAAUUACCCCAUUUCCAAAAUUUUGCCCAUAUUUUGAAUUCAAAUACACAAUAAUGACUUCCACUACUACGGAAUUCGCAGUGAAUAUGACUUGCAAAAAAUGUGCUAGAGCAGUCGAGGAAAGCCUGAGUUCACCACAUAUAAAUAUUGUUGAUAUCAAUGUGGCUAAAAGUUCUGUCAUAGUUGAGAGCACUUUGUCCACAACAGAACUAUUACAAAAAUUGGAAACGUCUGGUAGAAAAGUGGUUGUUAAAGGUUUAGGUGGAACAACUGCUGGCGUUGCUGUAUUAGAAGCAGGUGAACAAAAAGUCAAGGGUGUUGUGAGAUUUGUACAACUUCCAAACUCUUGUAUUGUCGAUGGAACAGUGGAUGGUUUGGAACCAGGAAAAUAUCAACUGAGUGUACAUGAAAAUGGGGAUAUUUCUCGAGGAUGUGAAAGCUGUGGUGAUACUUUCAAUCCAGUUGGAAAAUUUAUGGGCCUUGAAGGCAAGCAGUAUGGUGACUUGGGUGUUAUUGAGGCAGGAUCAAAUGGAAGAUCAACAUUCCGUUUGGAAAAUAAGAUUGUGCAUUUACCCGAAUUAAUUGGCCGUUCACUGAUAAUAUCUAAACCGUAUACAAAUGGUGAAAAAAGAAUUAUAUGUGGUAUUAUUGCAAGAUCAGCGGGCUUAUUUCAGAAUCCAAAAACAAUUUGUGCCUGUAGUGGAGCCUCUAUGUGGGAUGAAAAGAAUGUGCCUAUGAAACCAUCACUUUGAGAAUUCUUAUUUAUGAAACUUGUAUAUACUUGUUGAUUUUGGAUAUUUUUUUAAGAUGUGAGGGGAUGAUAAUUAAAGCAAUCCAUCAUAA